GAGGAAAAAAAAUUAAAUUCAAAACCAACAAGCAGUCUUGUUUUUCCUCUUUCCCCGCCAGGUUGGCCCAAGCUCCACGUCCAGGUGUGGCACCAGGAUGCUUUUGGGCGCACCGAACUGUACGGCUACGGCUUCUGCCACGUGCCCUCCAGCCCCGGCUUCCACCAGCUGGACUGCGUCACCUGGCGCCCGCUGGGAUCUUGGCAGGAGCAGCUGUCCCAGUGUUUUGUGGGAGGGGGCCCGCAGCUCAUCAGCAGCGACCUGAUCUACACGGGGGCCGACCGCUACCGCCUGCAGACCAGCGCCAUGGGCACCGUGCACUUCCAGCUGGCUGUGCUACUCCGUAACUUCGACCGCUAUGGGGUGGAAUGCUGAGAGCCGAGGACGGAGCCCCUUCGCUGGGCUUUGGAGGUGGAAGAUGGGGCCGGUGAUGAUCCAGGGCACGGCACGGAGGCAGCACAAACCGCCCCUUUCUUGCUCCAAAUUUCCCCCAAACGCAUUUCUGGCAAGUCCCAGAACAGAUUGAUAACAAAUCCCCAACACAAACCUCAAAGGCUGCAAUUAGCCCAGCACUGUCUGCACCAAGGCUGCACGGCAAGGAACCCCAAAUGUAUUUGGCAAAACGAGAAUAGAUCAAGGAGUUCAGGGAGCAAAAGAUCCAGGGAAUCAGUCCAGAACGCCAAACGGAAUGCAAGAACUCCCAACGAACGCCCUCCCCACGGCAUUUCCUUAAGUCUCAUUCCCCAGGUGUGCCUUGUGAAGGUGGGAGGGGCACACUCCUCCCAAGUAGCCUGCUCCGUCUGCGCUGAUCACGCCUUCUCUGCACUCUCCGGGCUCUUGGAUCAGGAGGAGGUGGUUCUUGCUCCUCGCCUGAGCUCUGCCUCUCCUGUUCAUCCUUAUGUCUUCCGGAAAGCCUUUCUUGGACCGACUCUGCCCUUCCUUUCCCCAGUUUCCUCCAAGGCCAAAGGAGCUGCCCUUUUCAUUGCUGUCAGAUCUUGUUCCAGCUGGAUGGGGAGGGGGGCAUGACAGGUCUGUGACUCCCCAAAGUUCAGGAAUCGGAAGGACUUGGGGUGAAAGGGUGGCUGCCCUCUCCCCCACCUGCUCUGGGAAGAAAGAACACACACCCCCACCCCACCCCGUUUGACCUGCGAGAAUCACAAGCCAUAACUCUGAACUUUGAGCUCUGUUUUUGCAACCCAAGCUGCGAUUCGUUGUUGGGCCCCGGGCUCGUUUUUCUAGUUCCUGAUUUCCCUUCCGAGGGGCAGUUUUCAACUUUGGUGAUGGUGCUUCUUUCAAUCCCAUUUGAUUCAGUUUUCUUGCAUGGAGUUUUUGGGUGCUUGUUCUUCUGUUUUCUCAAGGAGGAAAAAAAUAUAUAUCUAUUUUCUCAUGAACUUUUAA